CGGUUCUGUCAAUGGCUGCAAUUUCUUUCGUGAAUAACACGAUUUUUAAACUUCCAAAGGGUUUUUCUCAGACCCCUUCGCGACUUCUGCCUCGCAAAGUCUCCAGGGUUUGCUUUACUUCUGCCUCUAAAUAUUCUGAGGGACGGAAUGCUGAUGAAAGUAGGAAAAGAGAAUACAGUCCCUACAAUGCCGAUGAGGCUGUUGAAGAACCAAAAGAUCAGGAUUAUGAGAUGGCUGAGAAGACUAAUGAGCAGGCAGAAGAAGUGAAGGAGAAAGCAAAGGAGCGGUCGGACAAGGAGGCCGAGAAGGCCAAAGAAGCGAAAGACCGAGCGGCUGAAACCGCUUAUGAGGGAAAAGCGAAGGCGAAAGAAAAAGCUCAUGAAUUAAAGGAGAAGACUAAGGACACAGCUGGUACUAUUGCCGAUAAGGCCUUCGAGACAAAGGAGAAAACCAAGGACGCUGCUGGGACGGUGACUGAGAAGGCAAAAGAAUAUGCGUACGACGCAAAAGAGAAGACAAAGGAUGCUGCUGGAACUGUGGCUGGAAAGACCAAAGAAUACGCAUACGAUGUAGAGGAGAAGACUAAGGGCGCGACGGAGACUGUGGCUGAUAAUACCAAAGAAGGAGCACAAAAAGCAGUCGAGACAGCAAUGGGUUUAGGAGAGAAGGCAAAGCAAACAAUGCAAGACGCUUUGGGGGCUGCUAAGGAGACUGGUCAGAAGAUGAAGGAGACUGUGGUUGGAAAAUCCGAUGACGAGAAAGAAUCUGUUGAUGAUUAUAUUGAAGACCAUGUAAGGAAGCCGGCGAGAGAGCAUGAGGAGGUAGCGAUGGAUGAAGAAGUUAUAGAGUUGAGGCGGCAUGCAGGAGAACGUGACGAGAAGAAAGAUUGAAGUUUUUAGUCAUUUUUUAUGAAUGUGUGUGAUUCAUAAUAAUGAUGGAAAUGAAGUUUUUGUUCCCCUGUAAACGAUGUUAAUCUUUCGAAUGGUAGAAUUUUGAGUAUUGGGG